AUUCGUGACACCAAGAACGAACAAACCAUGAGGCUUACAUACUGCAUGAGAAAGCAUCUGUCCAAAAUUAAUUUACUGAGUCAAAUUCGAGCCCAAGGAAAUUUAUAUGGCUUUGUUGAUGAGCAAGCUCGACAUGAAAAUUCCAAGAAAACAGUUGUAGUGGAGUAUAGCUCACCAAACAUUGCAAAGCCGUUUCACAUGGGACACCUGCGGUCCACCAUUCUUGGUCACUUCCUCAGCAACCUGUACGAAAGACAUGGCUGGAACGUGGUCAGACUCAACUAUCUGGGGGACUGGGGAACCCAGUUUGGUUUGUUGGCUAUGGCGUUUAAGAAAUAUGGUGAUGAGAAGAAAUUAGAAGAGGAUCCACUGCAGCAUCUAUUCGAGAUCUAUGUGAGUGUCAACAAGGAUGUAAGUCAGGAUCCACACAAAAUUAACGACGAGGCCGUGGAAACAUUUCGCAAAAUGGAAGAAGGUGACAGCGAGCUACUGGCAGUAUGGGAGAGAUUGAAGGACAUCAGUCUAAAUGAAUAUGAGAAAGUGUACAAGAGGCUAGGUAUAGAGUUCACGGAGCAUCACUCGGAGUCCAUGUACACUAAAGCGGGGCUGGCGGUUAUAGAGGACCUGAAACAACAGGGACUAUUACGUAUAGACAAGCAUGGCCGUGGCUAUGUAGAGAUACAGAGAAAGGGGAGGGCAGUGGAUGUAGUAGUGCUGAAGAGCAAUGGGACCACCCUUUAUAUUACCAGGGAGCUUGGUGCAUUAAUCGACAGAAUAAAAAGAUACAACUUUGACAAGAUUCAUUACGUAGUUGAGAAUGGCCAAAAUUUACAUUUUGAGCACCUACAUGGAAUAAUGUCAAUCAUGCCAGAGUUCAAAGAUAGGUUAAAUGAGGACCUGCAUGUGAAAUUUGGUCGAAUCCAUGGCAUGAGCACACGUGCAGGCAACGUCGUGUUCCUCAAGGACAUUCUGGACGAGGGAAGAAACAUCAUGAUGAAAACCCUGAAGGACAAGAGAACGACAAAGGUCACAGAGGAGGAACACCCAGAAAUAGCGGAGGAGUUAUGCCGGAGUGCUAUGUUUGCUCAGGACAUGGGCCAAAAGAGGGUGAAGAGCUAUCCAUUCUCCUGGGAGCGGGUUCUCAACUUCAGCCAGGACUCUGGGCCCUAUUUAAACUACUGCCAUAGUCGACUCUGUGGAAUAGAGCGAAACAAUCCCUGGACCGUACAGGAGGACGUUGCUAUUGAUCACUUGUUGACCAUGAAGUCAGCAGAGCAGCUAUGUGAACACCUUGAACAGUACAAUGAAGCAGUUUCCAAAUCCCUGACACACCUGGAGCCAUACGUUAUUGUGAAAUAUCUCUACACUCUCUGUCACCUGGUCAAUGCAGCUUACAAGAAAUGUAAUGUCUCCACAGCAGAGGAACAAGAGGCUCAGGCCUAUCUUCAGAUGUUUAAUGCCAGUCGUCUUGUCCUGGCCAAUGGAAUGACGCUGUUAGGACUGAGACCACUGGAGAAAAUGUGAAAUGUUUUACUUGUGUUAUAUUGAAUUAAGUUCGCUAGGUGAAGACCACUAGGAAAACGUGAAAAACACAGUUUCAAUAAUUGUGAUCAAUGAGAGUCAGUAAGUUUGAACAAUUACUGUGUCAGGUUAUGUGAACAAUUACAGUUUUAUUAACUGAACAAUUACAGAUUCUGUUAAUGUGAACAGUUUCAGUAGAUGUGGACAAUAACUGUUUCAGUUAAUGUGAAUAUUUUCAGUAAGUGUGAACAAUUACAGUUUCAGUUUAUGUGAUUAGUUUCAGUAAGUGUGAACAAUUACAGUUUCAGUAAAUGUGAACAGUUAUAGUUCAAGUGGAUCUUUUAUAUGCUCUUUGUGGUCAUGGAUUGUAUAUUUUUCAGAGAAAUCUAGUUCCAUGGUAAACAAUUUAUAUCUGUAAAUGCCUUUUGUUGAAAUAAUCAUGGGAAUUGAAUUGCGUCUUCACAUAGAGAAACAAUUACUUGCAAUAUUGCAGAGAUAACAAAAUAUCUGUUACUGGUAUUUAAUAGACUGCAUUUACAGUGUCUAGUGACUCAAAUGAUACUUACAUAAAUAUAAACACACACAUGUA